AUGGCAAACGUUGAUGUUCAGACAGCACCUGGAGCAGCUCUCGAUAUCUUCUCCAAAAAUGUUGGGCAAGUCGAGGUGAGAGAGGUCAGCCCAGAUCUUGCCGCAUCAAACCGAUACCUGGUACAAUCACCAUAUACCGAGCAAGAACAUUUGCUAGAUCUCGACACCCUCGACAAUGAGAACACCAUCCUUGCGCGCGCUCUGGGCAAAUUCCAGGCUGUUCGUGAAGAUUAUGCGACGGCACCAUACACAGAAUCUUUUAACUGGCCAGAAGUGCUGGAAGAAGUGAAACGUCUUGCUCUUGAGUCUGGCAAUAGUUUCAAAGAGACGUCGUUCUAUAUCGUGGCAUUCCGGUCAAGGAUCAAGCAAACAACCGAGUAUGCGGAUCUUGGCCGUCUCGACAAAGGGGCACAUGCUGAGGCUGUCGCAAGCGGUGGCUUUCUCAAAUACUGGUUCGGCGAACCUGAUUCAGAACUGGCCAAUUUGGCAACUUGCAUCUGGCGAUCUCGAGAAGAUGCCAAGAAGGGCGGCACAGGUCCAGCUCACCGAAAAGCUGCAGGAGCAACUCGGUCUAUGUAUGCAUUCUGGCAGAUUGAUCAGCAUCGACUCAUCAUUCGAGAUAACGUUGAAGACUGGGAAAUCAUCCCAUGGCAAGAUUCGGCAUAG